AUGCAGACAACCAAGCUCGGGUUGAGCGGUAUCAUGAUCCGGACCCAGGCCACGAAGUUCGCGGCGGAGAUUAACGUGACCAACUUCACCGCGAGCGACGGCUGGCUACAUCGCUUCCUUUCUCGCUACGGCCUCGUGCACAUCAACCUGCACGGGGAAGCUGGCGACAUGAACGUGACCAACUUCACCGCGAGCAACGGCUGGCUACAUCGCUUCCUUUCUCGCUACGGCCUCGUGCACAUCAACCUGCACGGGGAAGCUCGUGACGUGAACAAGGCUGCGGCUGAGAAGGAAAUCGCGCAGAUUUGGGAGCAGCUUCAGGGCUUUGACGUCGAGUUGAUCUUCAACAUGGAAGAGACGGGGCUUUUCCACCGCUGUUUCCCGAGGGGCACGUAUGUCACGAGGUCAGAGAGCGCAGCGGGACUCAACCAGAAGACCGCGCGGGGAUCGAAGGCCAUGAAGGCCAAGGAUCGGUGCACUGUUGUCUCCUGCUGCAACACCACCGGGUCGCUCAAGGUGCCGCUGGCCGUCAUCCACACGGCGAAAGACCCCAUGGUUUUCCGCCACGUCCGCAAGCCAGCUUGCCCCUACUACGCCCAGAAGAGUGGCUGGCUGGACUCUUCACUCUGCCAGCGGUGGUUCGACGAAGUCUUCGUCCCCUUUGUCAAGAAGACGACUGGCAAGAAGGUGGCUCUCUUGUGGGACAACUGCCCAGGCCACCGCAUCAAGAACGACGACCCGCAAAUCGUCAUCAUCUUUCUGCCCCCCAACGUCACGUCCGUCUUUCAGCCUAUGGACAUGGGCUGCAGGGGCCUGAACGAAGCAGGCCAGCCGACGAUGCUGGAUGUGACGGAGAUCCUUUCCCAAAAGUGGGAGAGCUUUUUGGACCAGACUGUGAUCAGGUGCUGGCUCAAGGCCACCAUUCUUCCUGGGGAGCACGAGAGCGCGCUCAAGGACAAAGACACGCGGUUGGACCGAGAAGACCCGUGGGCGGCCGCCCUGGACGACCUGUGCGACAUGGUCGAGAAGAUGUCCAUGCCGGAGUGUGCCAAGGACCUGGACGCUAGGUCUAAGCCGCGAGUGUGGACGGAAAAUUUGUUCGUCGAGAGCGCCUCUGGCCUCACAGAAGAAGUGCGCAGCGCAAUGCGCACUUGGCUUAGUGUAGAGGACGAUAAAGAGGUCUUGAGGGAUGAGGUAGAACUCGAGAUGGAAGAGGUAACGGAGAACAUGUCAAACGUACACGUCGAGGAGGACGUGUCCAGUGAAGAGGAAGGCGAUCACGGUAGGCCAGUCGUGCAUAAAUCUACGAUUUCAACGGGCAAGGUUCGCUCUCGUGUCGAAGAUGUCCGCUCUUUCUUGUACACACAUGAAAGAGACGGCGAGUUCAGCGAAACGGCGCACCUUCUUCCGAAGUUUACUCAUGAUACUCAGGUCAAGCGAAGAGCAAAGGAGUGGGGGGAGGUGCAGGCGACUCUUUGGGAUAUGUGGCGGGUGUAGUUUUUGGUUUCGAGAGCAAAGCACUUUUAUUGCCAACGUUCGUUGUUUGCCUUGGGUGAAGUCUCGUGAGGUUGAAGUUGGCGUUUGUGUUGUUGUGUUGUGCCUCGUUUUGACCUUUGGGAGGCGCGGUGUCCUCUUUGUCGCUGUGCUUUCCCGACAUUUUUGGUCUCUGUGUUUCUGCGUAACCUACACCNUUAUUGCCAACGUUCGUUGUUUGCCUUGGGUGAAGUCUCGUGAGGUUGAAGUUGGCGUUUGUGUUGUUGUGUUGUGCCUCGUUUUGACCUUUGGGAGGCGCGGUGUCCUCUUUGUCGCUGUGCUUUCCCGACAUUUUUGGUCUCUGUGUUUCUGCGUAACCUACACCUUCCUAGUGUCGUUUUACAACCUUCGAUAUUUCUCAGGUGCGGUAGCGAGAUCAUGGGCAAGAUAUUCACGGGGAGGACAACGCCUAAAAAAAAAAUGAAGCAAAUAAUUAAGCCCAUGUCAACACCAGCGCACUACCGUCGUGUACAUGUACGAUGCGUCGGUCGUAGAACACCAUCGCUUUCAGCAUUUUGGUGGUACAGUACGGGGAAAUUCAAACGAUGGUGCAAGUUUGAGAGCUGUACUAAACGUACUAUUGCACAUAGUACAGUUUGGAGAGCCUUGUUAAACCCCCAGUACAGUACAGUAUCGUGGGUCAAAUACUGUACUAUAUCCAGUACAGUACCGGCCUAAAACCCGUAAUAAACCCCCAGUACAGUACAGUAUGGAGACCUGUCCUAAGUGCAAUAGUACAUUUAGUACAGUAUUGAAAGCUGUACUAAACGUACUAUUGCGCUUCGUACAGUACCGAGAGCCGUACUAAACCCCCAGUACAUACAGUACAGGACGGCCCUAUACUGACUGAAAUACUGGAAAGUACGUUUAGUACGUACUG